AUGUCCCGGCCUUUGAGGAAGGAUUACCGCACGGCGGACUUUGAGAAGCUGAGUCAGCUCAUCCGGGAUCACCCGCUAAUGCGGGCUCCCGGAGCAGAGCAGCAGCAGCAGCUGCAAAAGCUGCGCACUCCGGAGUAUCGAACCAAGUGCGUGAUGCGUGCCUCCUUGGAUGACAUAGCUCUGGGGAUCAAUCUGUACAAGCUGCAGCUGGACAAGCCACACUCCCCUAUGCCCGAGGAAACAGAGUUUCAAGAUUUGGCGCCCUCUGCCCCUUCGGCUCUCUCUGGGAGAUCAGUUAGAUCUGCUCGAUCUGCUGCCUCCACUGCUCGUCCUCCAGCCGCACCCUUCAUCAAGGUGCUGCUCCGCAAGACCCCCAUUGUGGUGCUCUUCGAGAGGCGCAGCAUGACCGCCUUGGCUGACACCGAAGAGGGUCGUCUGGUCUUAGAGGACAAUCGGAAAUACGACGAAUUACUCUCAGGAAUAGACAAGACCCGGCGAACCGUGGAUGCGGACACCCAAACCAUGACGGCGCUGAUGAAGUCCCGGCUGGUGAACACCGAGCGACUGACCACCGCCCAGAUGGGCUCCUACGUGUCCAACUUUGAGAUGUACGACACCUACGCGGAUCUGCAAAAGUCCACGACGAGUGUCGAGGUGCAGGGCGAGCGCAAGAUGGAGAUUACCACUUACCAUGUGGGAGGAGUGGAUCAGUUUGUGGGAAUCAACCGCCUGCCCGGGUUCCGUCUGGCCCUCAUGCUGACCAUGCGCAUUCUGGCCAGCAAUGUGUUUGAGCCGCAGCAAAGACGCUACAGGAACAUGGCUCCUCCAGAUCCCUUGGCCGAGGAUGUGAAGUUCAAGUACCGACUGGGACUCUUGUGGCGUUUGAGUCCUCCUUCGGCUAAUCCUGGGGUUCAUCAGGCGGUGAGCGACAUGAGCUUCUGCCCUAGCAAUGGGGACAUCAUGGCGGUGGCCUAUGGUGUCUACAGCCAUGGCAAGGUGAGCCGGUUGCCACGCUCCGGUUGGGUCUAUGUGUGGAACAUCAAGAAUCCUGUGAACCCUGAGAGAUGCUACAACUAUCAGGUGCCCGUUGUCACCGUAGAGUUCUCACCCACCCAGCCGCAACUGCUGGCCAUUGGCCUGCACAAUGGCAGUGUUGAGGUGAGGGAUAUUUCUGGUCAGGAUCUGCCACCGCUGGCCAUAUCUCAGCGAUCAACUUCGCCUCACUUUGAGCCGGUGACCGCCAUCAAGUGGAUCUUCUUUGAGGGCGAUGUCGGAGCCAAGGAUCCUCAUAUCACACCCUUUUUGGCCACCUCACAGGCAGGAGCGGUGACCAAGUACCGGCUGAUUAAUAGUCCCAGAUUGCUGGGAUUCGAGCAGCAGCGUCUGCAGCGGGCGGAGGGUGAGCUGGAGGGGAUUCCCAUCGAUAGAGCACCGCCAGCUGCUUCUCUCUUGGCCAACCGGCAUCCGCAGUGCCUGGAACUGGUCCUGGAUCCAGUUCAGGCGGACAUUUACUAUGUCCUUACUGAUGAGGGAACUAUGUACAAGUGCUCUACGAACUAUCCGCUGCAGCAUUUGGAGCUAAGGCAGGUCCACGAUGGACCCGCCGCCUGCAUGGAGUUCUCGCCCUGGUCUCCAAGAUUGUACCUUACUUGUGGCAGUGACUGGUGCAUUCGAAUUUGGUUGGCGGGCAUCCUGUUGCCCAUUGUGACUCUGCAGCACCACUUGUCGCCGGUUCAUUGCGCCCGCUGGAGCCGCACCCACUCCACGAUCCUGGUCUCCCUCAGUCGCAGCACUGUAGACAUCUGGGAUUUAAGGAACAGCACCAUGAAGCCGGUGUCCUCUACUACGAUCGAUGCCAAUAUCUUUUACACAACUUUUAAAUUCAGCCAUUGCGGACGCUCUUUGGCCGUGGGCAAUGAGGCUGGCAAUCUGCUGAUGCUAUCCUUCGAGGACAUGCCAUUCUCCCCGCAUUUCCAGUACAAGCAGCUCAAGAGGGCCAUUUUCAAGGCCUUGUCCAUGCAACCAGAUCUGCGCCAGCAAGUGAAAAGCGUUGGCUACUUUGGCUAUCCCAAAGGGAAAAAGCAAACUAGGGCUUAA